AGGAGGAGGCUGCAAUCGCAAACUGUUUAAUCCGAUGCAUCACAGCCGUUUAUCAUCAUCUCACCGCCGCCGCUUAUAUGUCAAGUGCCCCUGCCCGCUCUCCUCACAAAAUCCGGCCGCUUCUUUCUGCAAGGAGAUGCCUCCACCCAAGGACCUCCCGGGCUUCUACUUUGAUCCGGAGAAGAAUCGCUACUUCCCUAUCAAAGGUCCAAUACCGGGAGCAAAGCGUUCUUAUUCUUCGUCAUUGGGGCAAGCUUCUUGCCGUGAGCGCUCCGACCGAAAUCAGAAACAUCGAGCACAUUGGCCAGGCAACAGAAAGCAGAUAAAACCUCCUGAAUUGCUUCGUCUUAGGGAGAUACAUGGUAGACUUCUCUUCUCCAAAAAAUGUAGACACAACUUCGAACAAGAAUACCAAAAAUUUCAAGCUUCUUUUCCUGUGGUUUGGAAAUAUCAGAGGGCGGUUCCCAGUGCUGUUAGUGCGCUCGAACAAUUGCAUGGCGUCGUUCAAACACCAAGAGGUUUAGAGGAAACAAAGUUUUUAACAAUGGGCAAUAUGAUUGGUACAAUCAGGCUCUUUGAGAUUGGAAAUGUUGGGCGUUACUUUGAUUAUGGGCUUGAGUGCAAACCUGGUGCUGUUUGGCCUCCCUCAAGCAAACACGAAGCAGGGUGUGAUCAUGCAAUUCGGAGUAUUUGGCAUUUAACAGAAACCUUCUCAAGUUUUGACUCUGGUAUAUCUUGCAUAAGGAAGAUUGCCACGCAUUCAGAUGACCAGCAAGCACUUUGGAAUUUUGGAUCACUUGACAAUAUGAACAUGGUGACUGCUCUUGGGUCAGGACUGUCUCGUGGUUCGGUCUGCAUUCUAAAUCUCAGUGAACCUCUAGAUCUUAGUCUAGUUUCUUCCAGUCUAGCUAGCAGAAUUUCAAGGAUCGCUUCAUUUGAGAGCACGAUAUGGACUGCUGAUUGCAAUUCGAACCGGAAACAAGCAGUUAUUGGCACUAAUCUUGGAGCUGCUUUGAUAGAUUUAGAAACCAGAGGGUUGUCAUGGAUGUACCGUAGUAAAAGCAACAUAUUGUCACUACAAUUUGAUCAAUCGGGAAAUGUUGUUUUAUGUGGUCAUAGAAAUGGAGCAGUCAUUGCAGUUGAUAUUCGGGAGAGACAAAGAGGUUACUCUGACCUUUCAGCUGGACCUUCACCUAGAAUACCAGAUACUCACAGAACAGCUCAUGCUCAUCUAGCUAGGAAUGACAAAAGGUCUACAAAGUUUCAGGCACUUCAGCAUAGAGAAACCUCCAAUUCCUCAAAUGCUGUCUUCAUGUCCUCAGCCAUUUGCAGUUUGGUAGCACUUCAAUCAUAUGAUCAGUACUUCUUAGGGAGCUCCAUGGAUGGAUCUAUAAAACUAUUUGACUGCCGUCUUCUUCAAAGAGGAGCUGUCCAAUCAUAUGAGGGGCAUGUAAACAGCCACAGCCGCCUGCAGCUUGGAGUUAACCCAUCCGAAACGCUCGUUAUGUCAGGUGGAGAGGACCACUUUUUGCGUACUUGGAGCAUCAAGACCAGUGAACUAGUUUUUGAAGAAAAAUUCUCAAACUCUGUUCUUGCAACUAUUUGCUGGCCACGGAGCGGAAGCAACUCAUAUGGGGUUCGAGGAUCACUUAAACAACCAGAAUGCUACUCAGAAGGUUCAUACGAGCUAACCCAUAGUUGGGGGGCAUGGUUAGGAUCAGGUGAUGCGCUGCUUUAUGCGCAUGGCACUUGAUCUGUCCCCAAAACAUAUUCACAUCUGAGAAGUGCUGAUUGAAGAAAGGGAACGUCGCGGAUUACACACAAAUUAAGAAAGUUGGAUGAAGAUAUUUUGCAUCCUCUGAAGCUCACCUUCUUCCUUUUCCCUGUUGGUUCAGGUCUGCUCCUCUCCAAAAGUUCAGGAUUACAACUAUUGCUCUCAAAUGGCACUGCUGUGUUGUGAUGCGUCUGUAAAUAGCCAGUUUUGCCUCGAAUGUUGGCUACCUACUGCCAAAAUUUGCAUUCUAGUCAGCAGUCUCAUUAUGCUCUAACUCAAAAUAUUUAUGCAGUGUAUGUUUUUUUUAUUCUAAUUGAAAGUAACAACGAAAGAAAUGCUUUUCUUGAUGUUGCUGGCCA